AUGUCAACAGUGGUUUUUGCGUUAAUCAACGACGGUGUCAGGGGUGAAGACGGUCCUCCAGGUGAUGAUGGUCAUAAAGGUUCAUAUGGUGGUGGUAAUGGUUCAAGAGGCCAAAGAGGCCAAGAUGGUAUAGUUGGUACCCACUCUGGUAGUAUUGUAGCAAAACUAGCUACUGAUAAUUCAAAUAGAAUUUUUGUAGAUUACAAUUUGGCACCAACAGCACAUAAUCAACCAAGAAAAGGUGUUGAGGCAUUACAAUUAGGUAAUCCAGAAACUCAUUUAUAUUUAUCAUCAAGAGGUGGAGAUGGUGGUCAUGGUGGUAGAGGUGGAGAUGGUGGUAAUGGCGGUGCAGGUUAUGCAGGUCAAAAUGCUACUAGAUAUUCAUCAGGUACAAAUGGUGGCCCAGGUGGUAAUGGAGGUGCAGGUGGUGAUGGUGGUUCAGGUGCUCAUUCAGGUAAUGGUGAUAAUAUUACAAUUCAAUGUAACCAAGAAGACAUGGAUCUUUUAAUGAUUUUAGGUCAAGCAAUUUCAAAUACAGCACCAGGUGUUCCAGGUACGGGUGGUGAUGGCGGUGAUGGUGGUAAUGGAGGACCUGGAGGUCCAGGUGGAUCUUCUUAUACAUGGACAGAAUCAUACAGUGUAUCCGAUGGUAGAGGUGGUUCAACAACACAAUAUCGUUCCUAUACUAAUCCUGGUGGAAUUUCUGGUCCAAGUGGUUACCCAGGUGCAGAUGGCACUAAAGGUAUUAACGGUAUAUCGGGUGUUCCAGGUGUAUAUGGAAUUCAUUUAAAUACACUAGAUAGAGGUGUUGUGAUUUAUGAAGCACCAUAUGAUUUACAAGUGGAUAAAAUCAGUUUUAUAGAUACAAUUGGUUAUAAUAUCAUAGAACCAGACAGUGAUGUUAGAUUAAUGGUCCUUCACACCAAUGUUGGUGGUAUGCCAACACCUUCACAUCAAAAUAUUAUGGCAUAUAUUGCAGAUAACAAAUGGGUAUAUUGCGAUCCAAGAAAUAGAGUAGCAAUGCAACGUUGGAUUGUAGAAAAGACAUCAGUUUAUUUACCAAAAGAAAUCUAUUUCCAUAUUAGAGACUUUCAACAAGACAUUUACAAAUUACCAAGAAAUCCCUUUAUUGUUGGUGCAACUAUGGAUCAUGAAUGUUUAGUUGACCGUGUAAAUCAAAAUUUCAAAAGAGUAUCAGCAACGAAAUCGCCAUUCCAAGUUGAAUACCCAGUUCAAUCAUCUCUAAUUAAAGGUUUAGAUUGUGUCACUAUGGGAGAUGAAGCACCAUUGGUUUAUAGUAUUUGGAACAAAUCAUUAUUAAACAUUGGGGAAAAGGCCAGUACAUUACCAAUUCCAGGAGCACCACCAUCACCAGAUCGUAUAUUAUUCACAACUGUCCGUAUAAAUUUAAAUACUCGUGGUGGUAAUACAACAAUCAACCCAGAUGACAUUAUCAUAAGAGAUUUUAAUGGAAAAGUAUUUGAAAGACCAGAGUUGGGCCUCUAUUCACAUGUUCAACUAAUUUCUCCAAAUCAAUUAAAGUUUGCAUCAAUUACAAUGGCUUUCAACAACCCAGAUAUUAAACCAUAUACUCGUGUUUUAAUCGAAUCAUCAAUGUAUUUGGGCCACGUUAAAGAUAUGAUGAAUGCUAAGGCCAUCCAGUCAAGACCAUUCGAGGUUCAGUUAUCAGAAGGAUAUCUUUCAAAUGUUUUCAAUUGUGACAUGUUAUUGGUAGUAAACAAUAUGAGUGAGUACGACGAAAUUACACAGUGGAAAAUGUUGGCUUUUGAAAUGGGUCUCAGUUUGAAUAUAUGGAAUAGUUCACUCUAUAAAGGUUUUAAUAUGUCACAUAUUAAGGUUGAUGGUAGAAGCCUCUUGCAAGAUUUCAGAUGUAAAACAAUUGUAUAUUUAGAUAGCAACUUUGUUAAAGAUGAAUUACUCUAUCCAGCAUCAGAAUAUAUUCGAAGUAAAGAGUUUUUAAAUGCAGCUUAUCAUCACGGUAUCCAUGUAUUAUUAGUCGGUAAAAGUUUCAACAUUGAAAAAGAAAUAUUCCCAAUCAAUACUUUUGAAAAGGCUUCUCUUGUUUACUAUAGAACUCAUAAGAAUUUAUUAAGAGCAUUAAAAUAUCAAAUUCCAUCAGGUAAUGGGGGUAAUCAAGUUAUUCCACCAUCAAUGGCAGUAACCACUAAUGGAGACAUUUCAUUAAUGUCAAUGGUCAAUAAAAAAGAAAAAUAUGUAGUUCUAUUUAGACAGCUUGGUCUUUUAUCAUUUUUCAAGACACCAAAAUCACUUUUCCCAGAACAAUCACUUCAAUUGGAUUCAUUCUUUACACUUAGUGAUUUUAAUAACGACCCAAUCCAAUUUAAUCUUAAAAUUCACCAUUUGGAUAUUGAAUUAGAGUUCUCAAAAAGCAAAACCGAUAAAAAUGUUGGUGCAGAAACUUAUGCGUUAUUACACGAAGCAUUAGGUCAAGUUAAACAACAAUUUUCACUCCAUAGUAUUAAUCCAUCCAUUGGUAUUUCAACUGGUGCAGGUGAGCGUAGGAGUAUGGGACCUGUUGCUAUUAGCACCGAAUCUAGUGGUACUUUUGGCGGCCACUUAGAAGCCAAAUUUAAACCAUCUGGUUCAUAUAAAAAGCUUUAUUUCGAAUUAUCAAUGGACCAUAAGGUAUUACAUCAAUGUGAAUCAUCAGAUGGUAAACGUAUUGGUAAACCAUAUAAAGUUUUAGAUUUACGUAGAUUUUCACUAACAAGAGGCAACCAAUUUGGAACUGAAAAGCAAAGUUAUUCCAGAGUUUUCCAAUUAGUCACUCCAGAUACAACUUGGUUCUUUAAAACUAAAAGUGAAGAGGAUUAUACUAAUUGGUUAAGCCGUUUAUCCCCAAUGUCUGUCGAGUAUAUUUCAACUUAUGCAGAACCAGCCUCUUUUGUUAAAGAUCAAAUUAUUCUUAAAAAGGAAGAUGCAAGAGGAAUUCAUUUAUCACCACGUUCACCCAUCGUUGAAGAAAAAUAUGUUCCAAUUAUUCAAGUCACAGGUAGAUUUGUUGUUUCGAAACCAAAAGAAAAAGAUCUCGUCAAUUAUGCUAAUGCCAUAGCAAGGAAAUUAAAAUCACGUUUCCCAAAUCAAAGAAAUAUUGUUGUAUAUGACUAUAAGCCAAAAGAAAAAUCAGGUUGGAAUAAGAUGACUUUAGGUAAUAUCGAAAUUCACCGUUCAUUGGAUCAAACAGAACCACAUUUAUCAAAAUUAAAUAUUGAGUCUGAUGUUAUCAUUCAUAGUCCAAACUUAAUUCAAACACCUUCAACACUUUAUCAUUUCUAUAAAGUUUUCGACUUUAGAGCCAAGCUUAGCCUUUUAGAUACAAUGGUCUCCAAGUUAACAUUAGAUGAUAAAAAGCCAUCAUACAUCGAAACCCAAAGUAAAGUUGGUCUUUUAUCACUAUCCAUCAUUUCAGAUUUAGCUGAAGAACAAUUCCACUUUAGAAAUGGAUCAAAUUGGAGGGAUAAGCUUUCAAUUGAAAAGAUUAAACUCAAUCUUUUAAAACUAAAUAUUUUAAAGAAAUAUCAAUUUAAAACUUAUGAAAGAUAUUUGGAGGCAGUCAAAGAGGAACAACUUUUAAGACCAGAGUGUAUUUUAUCAGAUAUCUUAAUCGAAAUUGGUGUUCACUUAAAGAUUAUUAUCAAGCACUCAAAGAAAGGUUUUGCCGAUACCAUUUGCUUACGUAGAAGAACCAAUGAUGUCAACAGUGCUACACUUUCACUUUGGAACGAUAUCAUUAAAGUUCAUUUAAUGGGAUACCAUCUUAAAGACAACGAAAUUCGUUGUGACCCAUCUAAUAUAUAUCGUGAAAGCUCCAAAGUUAGCAAUGUCGAAAAAAUGGUUAAAGAAAUGGAAGAAACUAAAUUAAAUACUUGGACAGAGCAUGUAUUUUCACAUUCAGGUUCAUGGGGUUAUUAUUUAACAAAAGCAGAUCCAGCCAAAAAGAAAAAAGAAAAACGUACAACUAAAUCGGUAUUGGUUAUUUCAGCAUACAGAAAGCCACCUUAUUCAGUUUCAAGUCAAACAGAUACAGAAAUUUUAUUACCAUCAGUUAUGAGUAAACAAGAAUUCCUUUCAAACUAUAUCCCACCAACUAUAUCAGAGCCAAUUGUCGAGGAAAGAACAAUUUUUGGUGAAAACCAAAACAUAAGAAGAGAAUACAUUUCUAAAGUGCAACAAGAAAAAUUGGGUUGUUUACCAGAAAAUGCAUUUUCAACACAAUUAGAAAUUAUUGGUGACUAUUCUGUACUUUUCCAAGGUGGUAACCAACCAGUACAACAAAUUUUUGUUGAAGAAAAUAUUAAUGAUAAUAAUAAUAAUAUGAACAUUAAUAUAGAGCAGCCAUUACAACAAGAAAAACAAAUUAUUUUAGAAAAAGGACCAAUCCAACCUUCUAUCCAAUUAGCUGAUCCAUCAAUGAAAAUUCCAAUAUCACAUUCAAAUAAAAAUAUUAUUGUAUCAUUAGAAAAAGAUGAUUCAUAUUAUGAAGAUAGUGUCAGUGGUGCAUCUUCAGAACAUUAUAGUGAUUAUUAA